UUUGUUAAAUCAAGACCCCCGAGGCAAUGGAUCUACAAGUCAGAAAGAGAAUGUAAAGCUAUUAUUUGUCAGGUUGUGCUUCUAUGGAUGCAACAAAAGUGCGCACAUAUGGGAUGGAUUUGACAAAAACAGGAAAUAAUCCCUAAAUUAUUUGGGUUAGAGACGAAAAAACUGUUGUUCCAUCUUGUAAGGCAUGGUGUUCAGCAUUUUCUUUUCCUGUCAAAGACACUCAUGGGAUGUUGGACAACGAGUUUCAACUUCGGACACCUGAAAUCCCACUCCAAGGUGUCUUUUUACUUUACCAUGAUCCUUAUAUUCACCUAUUUAUUUUACUGCCUCACUGGAUACUCCGACUCCAUGCCGAGCCCAUUAUACGUCCAUCAAAGUUUUAAAAGUAAAAUUUUCUCAAAGGAAGAAAAGAAAGUUCAGGCGGACGCGCGCUGGAACAUCACCGCACGCGAACUCCCCGAGUCCGACCAGCUCGAGUUUGACGCGAAAGAUUUGGAGGACGAGAAACGGCAACGCGCUUUAGAUUAUAACCUUUAUAAUAAUCUUUCAGUAUCAAAUAACUAUGGUACCAAAGAAUUUCCACAGGCGAUUAUUAUUGGGGUGAAAAAGGGAGGAACGAGAGCGCUUCUGGAGUUCUUGCGCGUCCACCCGGACGUGCGCGCGGUGGGCGCAGAACCGCAUUUCUUCGACAGGUUCUAUGACAAGGGUCUCCAGUGGUACAGGAAUCAAAUGCCACGGACGUUAGAUGGUCAGUUAACCAUGGAGAAGACCCCCAGCUACUUCAUCACACGUGAAGCCCCUCACCGCGUCUUCUCCAUGAGUCGCCUCACCAAACUCAUCGUGGUGGUCCGCGACCCCGUGACCCGGGCCGUGUCGGACUACACUCAGACUUUGACAAAAAACCCCGGUCUGCCGACAUUUCAGAACCUGGUCUUCAAGAACUCCACCAGCGGUCUGAUCGACACCUCCUGGAGCGCUGUCAGGAUCGGCAUCUACGCCAAACACCUGGAGAACUGGCUCAGGUAUUUCCCGCUCUCUCAGUUACUGUUCGUGAGCGGGGAGAGGCUCGUCACGGACCCGGCAGGAGAAAUGGGGCGAGUGCAGGACUUUUUGGGUCUCAAACGGGUGGUGACCAACAAGCACUUCUAUUUCAAUCAGACUAAAGGCUUCCCCUGCCUCAAAAAGCCCGAGGGCAGCAGCAGGCCACGAUGCCUGGGUAAAACUAAAGGGAGAUCCCAUCCACACAUACCACCAGAGGUGUUACAAAGACUCAGGGAAUUUUACAGACCUUUCAAUUUAAAGUUUUACCAAAUGACUGGUCAGGACUUUGGCUGGGAUUGAAUCUGGGCUUCCAAGCUUGGUCUUUUCAUGACAUUCAUGACUCAAAAUACCUGGUUCAUUGAAUCAAGGGCUGGAUGGCUUCCACUUAAAAUCCUUUUAUGCACUCAAAACACUGCCAGUUUUAAGCAUAUUUCAUUUAAAGAUCCAUGGGUUUCCAUGAAAAAUGAUUUACAUAAAAGCAUAACAUUUACAGUACGUAUCUGUUUGUAAUUGUCUUCAUUUUUAAGAAUUCUUACGAAAAUGAAUUUUACAAAAACACGAUUUUCACCCCAAUGCACAGGGCAAAAGCAUAUCGUACAAAAAACGUACAAAUAUGGUUGUACGAUUUAGCCAUCCAUAAAUACGUAUUGACAUGAGAUAGCAUUGUUUAUUCUAAUAAGAACGAGAACAGUGUAAAACAAACUUGACAGAAUAACAGUUUUGUCUACGUCCACGGCUUAAACGCUCCUUUAUUUCACAUGUUCAUAAUAAUAUAACUCAAAAUGUAUUUCUUCUCAAUUUAUUCCUGCCAAAAUGAGCAAAAACUUGGAUGUUCUCAUUUAACCACUGUUAUAUACUAUAAAAUAUGACAUUGACACAUGAAAGGAUAGAAAUAACAGAGACAGGGAGAGAUUCAAUACAUAUACUAUAUAUCCCAACAUACAAAAAAAGCUAAUUUUGUGUCAUGAUUUUUUUUAAAUAAGCAUUUAAGUGACAUGUAAACAUAUUUAUACUUGGUCUCUGUUUUUCUGAAGAUGUUAUUGAAAUUAUAAAGAUGUUUUACAGGGAUAAAUACUGGACUAUGCAUUAGUCAUAUGCAAAUAUUCGUUGACUGCUGACUGCUUUUGCUGUAAAAAUGCUAUUAUUUAUAUUUAUGAAUAUAAAGAUUAAAAAUAUUUCAUUUCAUAAA